AAAAAAAAACAGUUAUAAAUCAGAAAAAACGACAGUGUCAAGGUGCUGAUUAGCAAGGUUUUAUCGAAAAAACGUUACGGUACGUUUUUGGUUCCAAUCCAACAUCUUUAUAUUGGAAAUUUCAACCCUCUGAACAUACCCUGUGGACGGGCAGAGAGUCGUUGACGAUGAAGAAUUACAAUUGAUAGUGGAAGCGGAUCCGAAGGUUCGUGUGAGUAAUUAUUCAACACAUUUUAUUCUCUUGAAACAACAUGGAAAAGUGAAAAGCUUUAAAAAUUGGUGAAUUUAAGAACAAUUACGCGUCUAAUGCUGCUGCGGAAUAACAGAGGAAUCAUUUUUUUUACUUAUGAUGAAAAUUUAACAAAGGUAGAAACCAAGGGAACCGGCCUUAUCUGAGUCAACUGUAAGUUGUCAUUUAUUACAUCAUAAGGUCUGGCCAGAAGAUUACGGUAGAUCAGUAUUACUAAAAUUGCCAACUAUAUGGCAAAGCUAGUUGUUAAACAAACGAGACUAGUCCAUUUUUCUAGAACACUGAUGCUUCAAGACAACGCUGUAUAGACCGCACUCCACAACAGACAUUUGUUUAAUUUAUAGGACAAUAUUAUAGUUUUCGGUCAUUACCACUGAUUGUCGUAUUUUUGAUACAUUUUUCAAGAUCAAUGCCAAAAGAGCAGAGAUUACAUUUAAAUGAUAGAAAAUAUAUUUUACAUUUAAAAAAUCAUUUACGAUAUGAUUAAACAACAACUUUAAAUUAUAAAUGCAAACAAAAUACAUUAAUCAAUGGUACCUGGCAUAUCACAUAGCAAAAUUUAAUGAUAAUAAAAGUUUUGUUAGACUUGUAUGUACAGUACAGGGUCAGCCAAAAGAGACGAGGAUUGCAUUUUAUACUUGCAUGCACUUCCUUGUUGAUGGGCGGAAGGCAUUUGUACCGCAGCAGGGCGCACGCUGGGGCAAUCUUUUAAUUUACACUAAAGCAUCAAGCGUUUAUGAAGUGAGGGGUCUGAGAUUACUUAGGCCUAUUAUAUUUCCAAACAAAGAAAAUAUUAAUAUAGAAUUAAGUAAAUGUAAUGCAAAGAAUUGUGUUUGAGAGUGUUUUUCAAUUAAAAUUAUAUAUGCGAAGUAAAAGUAUUUUUAUAUAAGCUUUUUUUUUCGAAAAGUGCAAAGACGUAACAGACGUGACCACGCAAGUUUAGAGGUUCAGGAAUUUUUUUUUCAGUUAAUACCUAAGUACUUAAUUUUCGACUAUGCCCACAAAAGUUGAGAACUAAACAUAGCAGCUUCAUAUCCCUGAGGAGAUCUACAGUCACACAAGGAGAAAUCAAUUAUCUUUUAAAUUAAAUUAUAAUUGAUGAUGUUCCUUUCUUUGCUAUUAUAACAGACUGCAAAAACACAUAGUAAUCAGUAAUUUAAUUUUAUUUACGUUUAGAGUGCUGACGUAAGGCACUGCCUAAAAAAUACCAUGACAUUGAUUUAUUUAAAUCACAAUCGUCACACAUAACAAUUAACUUGUGCGCAUCGUCAUUAUCCGUGAGUUGCACUAACUUACUUUUACUGUUUAUUGCAAGUACCGGUUAGGUAAAAAUUGGGAUGCACUAUUUGACUAUAGUCAAAAUGAGGUCAUAAUUCGACAGUGAAAAUCAACUGUUUAAGCAAGGCUAGUUAAAGUUACAGUAAAAUUUAACUUUAACCAGCUCUGUUGCUAUUUGACUGACUCUGACUCACACUAAGUAAAGCGUCAGCAGUAUAAAUGAUGGCAUCAUGGAUCGUGUCAGCGGCGAGUUUCAUUCAUUCGUAGUCCACAAGGGCGUUUCACGGGAGACUUGCCGUUCAAAUAGCGUCGGUAGAUGCGUCCGCGCAUGUGCGAAUAGGUACCACGACACAAUCGAUUGGACAAAGUCAAUCAUCUGCUCGGGCAGGUCGCGGCGACCGUGAAUCUGCCAGCAUCCCGUGCCUGCCUCAGUGGGAUCCCGCCUCGCGCGCCGUGCACUUCCCGUCUCCAACCUGUUCCAUUAUACGUGUGCUCGUGAUUAAAUGACACCAUUGUAGGGUACCUACUCGUGAAUAUGCAACUCGGUAAUUGACUGGAAACCAAUUUAGGAGCAGACCACAAUGUAGAGGUGCCGUCUCGUCGAAGGAAAAUGAAAGAGGGCGGUCGCGAGGAGCCACCGGACGCGGCGAUAGCGGCGCCUAGUGCGGGCAUGCGCACGGAACACACCUGCUGCUGCCUCGGCGUCUUGGUGGGACUAUCUCUCCUAGCCGCCCUCGUAGCAGUAAUUCUUAUGAAAGACACAACUGUAGAGAUGACGGCACUACGGCAAGUUCAUGUACUAAUGUCACACGGGGAGCGGACGCCCAGUGAGCACGAGCUGGCUAUGCUGGGCGCGCCUCCGCCAGACCACGUGUUCGUGCCAUAUGGCGCAGGCGGCAUGACUAAUGAAGGGAAAAUGUUGACUUUUGAAAUGGGCGCAUUACUUAGGAACCGAUACGAUGCAUUUCUUGGACCAUACUACGAACCAGAGUCGAGUAUUGUGAUAGCAUCAGAUACGGAAUUAAGCAAAAUGACAGCGUUACUGAUAUCCGCGGGCCUCUGGCCUCCGUCGACGGAACAGAAAUGGAACGACACUAUGCUGUGGCAACCCGUGCCGUACACCUAUCCACCACACGACGAGGACUUUCUUCUGUAUGAAGACAAUUGUCCUCGAUAUCAACAGGAGAAGAACAGAAUAUUGAAAGCAUUUACCGAAGAGAGUCUACUGGUUCCAUACAAGGACCUUUUUCACAAAAUAGCUCAGAUGACUGGCACAAAUUUUAGCACGCCCCAAGAUGCGUAUAACUUAAAUAAUUUAUUUCUCAUACAAGAGGACAUAAAGGUACCUAAUCCAAAAUGGGCCAAGCAUGUGAAAAGAAAAUUAAUGGAUGUUGCGAGGUUGGAAUACUCUAUGAUGUUCCACAAUAAUCUACUAAGGAGACUUAGUGGAGGUGCUUUACUCCAACAAAUAAUCAAAGAAGCAGCGUCCAACAUAGCGGACGCGACGAAAGCGCGAGUCAUCGUUCGCACGGGUACGCCCGUUUCCGUAGCGGCACUGCUGGCAGCGUGCGUUGCCCCGCCCCCGCGUCUCCCCGAUCCGGGGGCUGCCUUACUGUUCGAGUUGCAUGAAAGACUACCGACACCACAGAGCAAGAAGGAUCAAAAGAACUUGACCGACGGUCAAAGGUUUGCAUUCAAGAUAUAUUAUUGGGACGACGACUCAGCCGAACCACGUCUUAUGGAAGUUCCUGGUUGUAACGCAUUCUGUCCUUUGCAGACGUUCACGGAACUAACAAAAUACAUAGUGUCGCAUGACUAUAAAAAAGACUGCACUAUGGAUCCUACGUCACAAUAAAGAGUUUAGUGUUAGCGCGUAAUAUUGCACCUAACGAAUGCUUUCAAUAAGCAAAAAUCAACUUCACAUAAUUUUUUUGUUUGUUUGAUAUGAAACCAAAAGUAAAACGAAUUUUAGUUAUAAUAGAAGCAGUGUGUGUUAUGUAAAUAUUGAUGGUGUUGCCUUUUGAUACGGAUUCAAGUAUCAAACAAAAUUACGUAGCAUGAUAAAUUAAUAUUUUGUAAUAACGGAAUAAGGCUGUGUUAAAAGGAAUUUAGCGCUUUAUAAAAACGUGUGGAAUAAACAAAAUGUGGGACA